AACUGAAGGAAAUCACCCGAGAGCUGCAGCCGCCCAGCGUGAUGCGUGUGCGUGUGCGUGCGUGACGAAUUCAAACUACAACCACCGCAGCUCGGAGGGGACAAAAGACAAAAAGACCCGAGUCAACACAACGCUGCAGACUUAGCAGGUCAGUCGUGAGAGGAGGAACCUCAGUGGUGUAGCCAUGCUGUUGGCGGAGGAGAUUCUGUGUAACACGCAGCAGGUGAUCGCAGGGCUGGAGGCUCUGAGAGGAGAGAAUCGCAGUCUGCUGGGAAGCUUGCAGGAGACGAUGGAGAGCCGCUCUGCGAUGGAGAGUGGCAGCGUGGAGCAGGAGAAGAGCGGCAGCGUGGAGCAGGAGAAGAGCGGCAUCAUCCGUCAGUCCCUGGAGAGGAUAGAGCUGGGGCUGAGCGAGGCACAGGUGAUGAUGGCGUUGUCGGCUCACCUGGGAUCCCUGGAGGCCGAGAAACAGAAGCUGCGAGCUCAGGUGCGUCGUCUCUGUCAGGAGAACCAGUGGCUGAGGGAUGAGCUGGCCGGAGCUCAGCAGCGGCUGCAGGACAGAGAGCAGGAGGUCGUGACCCUGGAGGAGCAGAACAGACAUCUGCAGUUCAUGUCGUCCAUACGCAAAUACGACCUGGAGGAGCCUCACCUGGAUGACAAAGACACAUCCUCCAACAAAGAGUCUCUGGAUGAUCUGUUUCCCACUGAUGAUGAGGAGCAGUCGCAGAUGUCGCAGCCUCACCACAGCAGUGCAGCCGCUGCAGCCCAGCAGGGCGGCUACGAGAUCCCUGCUCGCCUUCGAACGCUCCACAACCUGGUCAUCCAGUACGCCUCCCAGGGACGCUACGAGGUCGCCGUGCCGCUCUGCAAACAAGCUUUGGAAGACUUGGAGAAGUCCUCAGGCCACACGCACCCAGAUGUCGCCACCAUGCUGAAUAUACUGGCGCUGGUGUAUAGAGACCAGAACAAAUACAAAGAAGCAGCCAGUCUGUUGAAUGACGCGCUGGCGAUCAGGGAGAAAACUCUGGGGAUGGACCAUCCAGCUGUGGCUGCAACACUCAACAACCUGGCAGUGCUAUAUGGGAAAAGAGGGAAAUACAAGGAAGCAGAGCCGCUUUGUAAACGAGCUCUGGAGAUCAGGGAGAAGGUUCUAGGUGUAGACCACCCAGAUGUGGCCAAGCAGCUGAACAACCUGGCGCUGCUGUGUCAGAACCAGGGGAAGUACCAGGAGGUGGAGCUGUACUACGAACGAGCUCUGCACAUUUACCAAAGCAAACUGGGACCAGACGACGCCAAUGUGGCAAAGACCAAGAACAACCUGGCCUCAUGUUAUCUCAAACAGGGGAAAUACAGACAAGCUGAGGCUCUUUACAAAGAGAUCCUGACCAGAGCACAUGAAAAGGAGUUUGGAUCAGUAGAAGGUGAAGGUCGUCCCAGCUGGUCCGGAGCAGAGGAGGCUGGUCCCAGACCGGACGGACUUAGUAACCUGAAGCGCAGCGGCUCCUUCACCAAGCUCCGAGAGUCCAUACGCAGAAGCAGCGAGAAACUGGUCCGCAAGCUAAGAGGAGUCGAGCUGGAGGAAACCACCCCGAGGAAUGCUGGGAUGAAGAGAGCCAACUCUCUGAACGUGCUGAACGUUGGAGCCGGAGAGAGUCAGGACGGUGCAGAGUCGAGCCGUUUGACAGAUAUCCGAGGCCUGAGCUCCAGCACGCUGAGUCUGACGAGACGAGGAUCACUCGGGAGGAUCAGCUAACACACACACACACACACACACACACACACACACAUAGACACACACACACACACACACAAACACUGUUAAGUUAUAAACUCACAGCCCACAAUCAAUCGCUUCAAUUAGAUGAACUUCACCAAAGUGAAUUCCCCUUUUCUACCUGAGGGGAACAGAGAGAAACUUAACGACCACACCUUCAUAGACAUUGCACUUCCUGUUCACUUGACAUUAACAUAAUUCCCUCAUGGAUGUAGAUUUAAAAUCAACACAGUUUCCUUCUUUCUACUCAGAAGUUUAAAAGUUCGGAAACUCGUUUGUUAAAAAUAAGGACUUUUUAAAACAUUGACUUUAACACUGUAAACAAACACUUUAAAGUUCCAGUAAUCUGUUGUUAAGAAGUCGAGGCUGUUUCUCUCCUGCUGGUUUCGACAUUUCAGGAACAUUUUAUUCUGAUGACACUGAAAAAAGGUUGUUUACUUUUUAAUCUUUUUUUUUUUUUUUUUAAGCUUAACAGGUUUAUUGAAAUGAGAGCUUAUCAUUUUAAAAAACCUGCUUUUUGAGGAUCACAGGGACAUAAACGUAUUUUUGCACAAUGAUCAAAAUGUGUUUGUGGAAAUUUUAAUGUGACAUUUGGUUUACGAGGGCUAAGUUUAUACCGUUAAAGAAAUGUGUUUGCCUUUAAAAUGUGCAGGUCAUUGAAUUAAUAUUUAAUAUUUGCAGAUGAUAAUCAUAAAAAUACAAAUUAGUUAUUUUAGCUGCUUUGCACCACAUUCCAGUUCUGUCAUUCCAUUUUAUGAAAAUAAGGAACAACUUAAGAGACCCAACACCGGCUCUUGCACAUAUCGGACUUUAAUCAAAUCAAUGGGGAAGUGGCGUCCGACUUUUGGACACCAACCGUAGAAUAUCAGUCAUUAUGUCAUUAUUGUUCACACGCCUCAAUAUUCAGAAAAUUAUGAAUUUCACCAUUUUAUACAUUUUAAAUUUCUACUCAGUUCAGAAAAUAGUUUCAUGCUACAUGGAUUCCCAAAGUUAUUGUGUGCCUGAGUCACUGUUGUUAUGGUUACCUGCUGCACCUACUGAUUUCUUGGGGGCAGUGAAAAGUUGUGAACAAAGUUUACAUAUCAUCAAUGUUAAAGUUGAUAUCGUGAACUUGUUAACAAACAGUUGCUUAAUCUGACGUGAAACAGUAACAGACCAACUUAAACAUUUAUUCAGAGUCAUGUUUGUUGCUUCCAUGUGAAGUCAUUGAAGUCCUGAGGGAACCAUCGGGCUCUUUAGCUGCUAAAUGCUCGAUGCUCUGUUCACCUGUCUCUGUCUCUGUCGGGUGGUGAGCAGGUCGGGUACAAACCGAUGAGGCAGAUAAGAGAAGCUGUGGUUCCAGUGAACAGCGAAACAACGAGCUGGAACAAGAGAAAGCUCAGACGUCCGCUGGGCUGCAGAUUUACAUGAGAAUUCUCAGCAGCUUUGAAUUAAGCCACUUUAAAUCUUUCAUCUUUCAACUGUACAUUUAUGCUCAUUCACUGAAAUGCCUGAAAUCCACGAUGCAUGAAGUCACCAAUAUAAAUAAUGAAAUAGCUUUUAAUAUGAUGUAGAUUUAUUCGUGCUAUUUAAUUUGUUGUAGAGAGAAUUACUUGAACUAGUUACUUUCGACUUAAAGUCUAGAUUCAAUUCUUACGUCAACACUGCUUCUUCCAUUUUAUGUUAAUGCUGGUAGAGCAAUUAUCUAAUUCCUCAGGAAUGUUUAAGUUUGAAACAGACGCAACAAAAUGCUGCUCGGAGGAAACAAGGCUCCUUGAAGAUGACUCAUUGAUUUGAGUCGGUUCUGUUCUUCUUAGGAUUCGCUUCAUUUUCUUUUUCGCUCAAUCACUUUCCGUGGUUGAGAACGACUGAUUGUACAUUUGCUGUGGUAGAAGAGAAGACUGCUGAUUGUCGCAAGGGUUAAAACCACAGUAUUUAGCAACUGUGGUAAUUCCUGUCUGUUACAAGCUAAAUGAAGCACUUAUGUUUGAUACACAUAAAAUGGGAAAAACUAUGUAGAAGAUGGAAAACAUCUCUUCUGAUGCUGUGUUUAUUCUGGAGAAUAUGAAUGUUUGUAUUUUAUAUUUGCAAUCUUGAGCUGAAAUAAAUGACAAUAAUGUUAAAA